AUGACUUCUCUUCAAACCCCAACCCAAUCUCGCGCCCUCUCCAUCCCCGAAAUCUUCGAACUAAUCCUCCUCAACCUGGACAUCCGCACCCUCCUCACAAAAGCAACUCGAAUCUGUCACACUUGGUCCCAUUUCAUCAAUUCCUCCCCACGCAUCCAAUGGACCCUAUUCUUCCGACCCCUCGACAAUGCAUUGAAUAAACCAAAGAUCCAGAACCCAUUGCUGGCAGAGACCUUCCCAUCAAUCUUCCAUCAGUCCGGGUCUAGCAAUGGAGGAAGUACUAAAUAUAACGAUACCGAUGUCGAUACAGCAAAUGAAGACACCACCUCUAAUCUCACAUUCACCACCUUCGACAUGGUCCGGAAUCCGCACAAGUGGGACGCAUACAUCAGACCAGAAGCCAGUUGGCGCCGUAUGCUAGUCCAGCAGCCGCCCGUGUAUACGGUGUCACUUCUGAGAAGUAAUGUCGGUCAUGGCGGACAGUAUUUGUAUAUUUAUGAGGCAUUGGACGACCAAAAAGAACCAGCCGGUGGCCUGCGAAUGGAUAUCGUCUUUGAAGCACUGGUCUUCGGUGAUAGGUGGGAUCAGGAUGAAUACUCCGCGACGAAGAUGGUCUGGGGACGGGAACGCCUCCCUCAACAGGUUCGGGGGGACUUGGAGCUUUUUGGUAUCCCGGAUCUGGAUUUGAUGUUUUAUACUUGGUUAGGAGAGACAUCCAAGGGUCGUUAUUAUCAGGCAAGUUUGGAAGUGGAAUGUGAUGUUGCGAAGGAAUGUGAUGUGGUGAAGAAUGUCAAGGCGGCGUAUACUAGGCUGGACAUGAAGCCGAAGUACUCGGAUGAGAGUUUUUUGAGAGGACGGAAGACUUGGGGGUCACUGUGGGACUAG